AGAAAAUGAGUGAAAUAAUUGAUUAAAGUAUUUUAUAGAGAUAUGAAAUUUUGACAAAAAUUGGAAAAGGAGCAUAUGGAAUAGUUUGGAAAGCUAAAGAUAAUAAAAGUCAAAAGAUAGUUGCCUUAAAAAAAGUUUUUGAUGCUUUCACUAAUCCUACAGAUGCACAAAGAACUUAUAGAGAAGUAAAUAUGAUUUGUAUAUAUUUUAAAGGUUUGUCUUUUAAAGUAGCUGAAUCAUCCAAAUAUAGUAAAAUUAAUAGAUACUUAUCCAGCUGAAAACUUAAAUGAUCUAUAUAUGGUUUUUGAAUACAUAGAGACUGAUCUUCAUGUAGCGAUUCGAGCUAAAAUAUUAUAGCCUCCUCAUCGAAGAUAUAUAAUAUAUUAAAUAUUGAAAGCAUUAAAAUAUAUUCAUUCAUCAGGAAUAAUCCAUAGGUAUGAAAUAAGAUUAUAAUAAAAUUUAGAGACUUAAAGCCAGCAAAUAUUUUAUUAAAUUCUGAAUGUUAGAUUAAAUUAGCAGAUUUUGGAUUAGCAAGAAUGUCAUAGACUUUAGAAGAUGAUAUUUUGACUGAUUAUGUAGCAACUAGAUGGUUUAGAGCUCCAGAAAUUUUAUUAAGAUCAAAAUCUUAUUCAACUGGAGUUGACAUGUGGGCUAUUGGAUGUAUGAUGUGUGAGAUGAUCUUGGGAAAAGCAAUAUUUUAAGGAACUUCAACUAUUAAUUAAAUUGAAAAAAUUAUAGAAGUUCUAGGAUUUCCAUCAUAAGAUGAUUUAUAUACUUUAGGAGGAUAAAAAUAAUUAUUCGAUAAAUUCUCAAAAAAUUAUUAGUCUAAUUUAUAAACUUACUUGAAUUGUAAUUUUGAUGAAUAUAAUUUAAUUUCAAAGUUAUUAAUGUAUGAUCCAAAUUCAAGAUUAAAUGCUAAUGAAGCUUUAAAACAUCCUUAUUUUAAAGAGUAUCAUAAUUUAGAUGAAGAAAUCAUUUUUAAAGGAUAAAUUCAACUUGAAUUAAAUGAUGAUAAGUUAUUUCCCAUUUAAUUAUAUAGAGAUUUAUUAUACAAAUAGAACACAACACAUAUGAAUAAAAUGUUAAAUUUAAUGAGAAAAUAAAAAAAGUUAUUGUAAAUUAUAGACAAAAAAUAGGUAGAAAAUAAUUAAAAAGUAUAAAGUUAAUAAUAAUAAUUUACCAGAAGUGCUUUUAUUUAAAAUAAAUCAACAUCAAAUUUGGAUAAAAGUACAAAUAAAACUGUUACAACUCCUUAUAAAAAUACCUAUCUAAAACAGCAAUAAAGUUUAAUUAGUUUAAAAUAAACUUACCUUUAAUAAAAGUUGAAACAAAUUUGUUUAUCAUCCUCUGAUCAAAUUGAGAAUAUUGUCUAAUCAAAAUCCCCUAAAUAAUAAAUUUUAUUACCAUAAAGAUAAUUAAAAAAAACAAACCUUAGACCAAUAUAGUUUAAUAAUUUAACUAGCACAUUACUUAGCCCAUAAUCAUAAAUUAAUUCGUUAACUUAGAUGAAAUUUUGA